AUGGCCAUGACAACAGAAGCAUCACAAGGCGCGGCUGCUCCGUCAUCGCCAACAUCAACAUCAAAGACAGCCCCCGAAAAGAACAGCAAGAAGCGCUCCUCGCCUUCGGGCGACUCAGAGCAGCCAGAGAAGAUCACAAAGCGACGCGCUGCCCGUGCUUGCGUGUCAUGUCGAGCACGCAAAGUUCGGUGCGACGUGGUUGAGGGAGCUCCUUGUGGAAACUGCCGUUGGGAUAACGUCGAGUGCGUUGUUCAAGAGAGCCGCAGAAGAAAGAAGAACCUUUACACGGCCAGCACCGCAGGCCAGUCUGUCUCUACAGAAGCCCAAUUACGCUGCAAAACACCAUCGAUCAGCAAUCCUCCAGGCCCAGCUCCCAGUAAAAGUGCCAAUCCAGUCAUAAGCACAGCGGAUCUUCGACGACCAAGCAGCGGUUCAGCUAUUUCGACAAGCAGCAUCGACGGUCCCAGCACCUUCCUCAACAGCUCCGCACUCGACAGCCAUGUUCCUCACAUGAUCUAUCAACGAUCUGGCUACCGCCGAGACUCUUCGUCCCUCAGCAAGGUGCACCCCAUAGAAUCUAGCGCACAUCGUUCGUCAUGGUCCAGUAUUAUCCCGGAUCCUGCAUUCUUCGAUACACUACGCAACAAUCAGCUGCUUGGUUCCCUCGACGAAAAGGAAAUCCCUCCGCCUCAAUUCCCUGCGUUUCUACGACCUCUGCCGAAUAAGAUUGCACCGGAAGAUGUCGAUUAUCUGAAGAUCAAGGGUGCACUCUCUGUGCCCACUUUGCCACUACAGAAUGCCUUACUACAGGCUUACGUCGAAUUUGUGCAUCCUUACAUGCCGCUUAUGGACUUGAAUGCCUUCCUCGGAGUUAUCAGCAGCCGGGAUGGCCAGAAUGGACAGACCAGUCUGUUCCUCUACCAAGCCGUCAUGUUUGCGGCGUCAGCGUUCGUUGACAUGAAGUACCUUAGGGAGGGCGGUUACACAACACGAAAAGCAGCCCGCAAGUCAUUCUUCCAGAAGACAAGGUUGCUGUACGACUUUGAUUACGAGUCAGAUCGCCUUGUACUUGUGCAGGCACUGCUUUUGAUGACAUACUGGUACGAAACGCCAGAUGACCAGAAAGACACAUGGCAUUGGAUGGGUGUGGCCAUCUCGCUGGCACACACCAUCGGUCUUCACCGCAACCCCGGAUCCACGAGCAUGGCACCAGCAAAGCAGAAGCUCUGGAAACGAAUCUGGUGGUCAUGUUUCAUGCGAGACCGUCUUAUCGCACUCGGUAUGCGACGUCCCACACGUAUCAAGGACGAGGACUUUGACGUUCCUAUGCUCGAGGAGAGUGAUUUCGAAAUUGAGAUGCUCCCCGAGAGUAACACCAUUAUUCCGGCCAGCUGCGCAUUGGUUCGCAACCUUGAUAUGCAACGAGAAUUGGCCAUCAUGUGCAUUGCCAAGGCUCAGCUUUGCGUCUGCAUCAGCCGUAUGCUCAAGGCACAAUACUCGGUCCUGAUCCGAGAUAAGAUGAAGCCGGAAAACACCACCAACAGCACGAUGAUGCUUUUCCCUAACAAGCAGCUAGAUAACGUUGAGAGCGUUACUGAGGUGGACCACGAACUCAUGGCAUGGGCCGAAUCACUCCCGGCCUGCUGCCAAUACCGCACUUUGACACCCUUGGAUGUCAAGGACGGACGAUCGACAGUUGCUGUUCAGCGAACACUACUUCACAUGGUCUACUAUACUACUAUCUCGGCUCUUCAUCGACCCCAGUUCCUGCCAUCUUCUCCGCUCCAGGCACCGACAACAUCCCGACAAGUCCAGGAUAUGUCUCGAUUGCGAGUGCGCGAUGCCGCGAUGCACAUCACCCGAAUGGCCACCGAGCUUCACCAGUACCGUCUGGAGCGAUUCUUGCCUACGACCGGUGUCACAGUUAUCCUCCCUGCCAUGAUCAUCCAUCUCUUGGAGAUGAAGAACCCUACUCCUCAAGCUCGAGAGCGUGCCACACGAGGAUUCCGUCAGUGCAUGCGAGUUAUGGAGAAGCUCCGAGAGGUGUAUGCUGCCGCCGACUACGCAACUGGUUUCCUCGACGCUGCUCUUCGUAAGGCUGCUAUCGAUAUCAACUCCAGCGUUGCUCCUUCGACCUUGGCUAUGAUGAAGCGUGUGCCAAUCGAGUUCAGCGCUCAGACACCGCCACCCGAGAAUGCGCCAUACAUGACCGCUUCGGAGUCGCUGUUCAACGAGAGGCCAAAGGAGCCCCAGCCUGUGCCAGCAGCUCCUACCAUGAUGCCACCGAACACUGUUAAUGCGGCAGCUCUGGAGAUGCCUACGCACUCACCACCCACAACGGAGAUGGACUCCCCCAACGCGGGCUUGACACCCAGCGUCAGCGCCGGUUCUGAAGAGCUUCAGCUUGAUGUUGGUCAGAUGGACCUCGAUUUCAUGCAGGGCCAUGACGAAUUCGACUGGAACGCCGUGGCUGGCACUGAUUUCGAUGUUGACCAGUGGCUCCAAUUCCCUCCCGAGGGCGUGAACAACAAAGACGAUAACUUGAUUGCUGGAGUACUGGGCGUUGAAGAGCCUACCAUGACUGCCGAGCAAGCUCUGACCUGGGCCAUCAACGCUGAGGCAGACGCGGCAUCCCGUCAGCCUGAGAACCACGGCAUUUCGGCGUCGGCAUAG